UACACUUAACAGUAAGCAACAAACACACGCGCAUAUAUACGUACAUGUAUACAUAUGGAUGUGUUCUUCGAGUCACAGAGAGGGCUGCAAUUCUCCAUUGAAGUGGGUUACUUCGACACAGUCUUGGAGAUCAAGGAAAAGAUCGACAAGUACCAGCGUAUCCCUGUGUCCAAACAGACCCUAAUCUUCGACGGAAGGAUCCUACAAGACGAUCACAACGUCGAGCAAUGCCAGAUUCUCCAGAACUCACGAAUCCAGCUCCUGGUCUCCUCCUCCGACCGAGACCGCAAACGCGAUAGCCAGGCGUUUGUCAAGACGGAGCAAUCUCCUCCACCGUCGGAUGGGACCGACGCCGUGAACGGUCAGGAUUCAUCCUACGGUACUGUAACGACGAAGAAGACGAAGAAGAUGAGGGUGAUGGUGCUGACGAAGUGCGGUAAGAGGAAGAUUCCGGUGGAAGUGAACGGCACGGACAAAGUGGGAGAACUGAGGAAAGAGCUGUCGAAGGUUCGUCAGAGGUUUCAGUUCAGUUUGCCGCAAGAAGGUUACUUCUUCAUCUACAAACAGAAUGUAAUGGAUGACGACCAGUCCUUCCGGUGGCAUGGCGUUGACCAUGGCGACACCAUCGAGAUUUUCAACGGCAGCGUCUCCGGUGGCCCGUAGCGUUUUGCUUUUAGUACUUUGAGAUGUGAAUUAAUGUACAUACACGCAUGGUGACAGGACAUUACUUCUGAUAAUAGUAUACUCAGUUGGGUUACAAGCCGUAUAAACAAAUGCCAGAGAGACUUCUUGUCGGAAGGAGUUCAACAUCAAAGAUCCUAAACUUGAAAUUUCAGAAAGGAACCCAAAAAAAAAACAA